CUUGCCAGUUUCAUCUCUUCCCAAAUGACGUUCUGUGUACUCGCGCUCGCUCGCCCGCUCCUACGCAGCGGCUUACCAAUUAUCACGUCAGGAGGCAGCAGGAGAGCGGACUGAGCGUCCCGGCAGCCUACUCUCAUCUGAGCUGAAGCGGGGAAGGACAAUGGCUCUCGGCACGCUGGGUAGGAUUCUCGCGGGCCUGCCCUGCUACGUGGCGGCGCUUGCGGGGGCGUCGAACGCUGGGCCGCAAAUCCUCGGAAUAUCGAAGGCGAAGUCAGUCCCGCUGGAUCUGUCGCCGUUCUAUAAUAACAAAGCGUUUGGUACGUAUCCGGGAGAGGCGUCCUUCGAUACGAUCGGGCAGUCGUAUCCGGUGCCGGAGCUCGAAACGCCCUACUAUACCUCCGGCGACACGAGCACCUUGUACUCGUUCCCCGGGUACGCCGGACCGGCUGCGCCCGACAAUGUUAUAUGCGACGGGCAGACUGUGACCGUGCCGGGGGGGUCGUACUUUUCGGCCUCGUUCCUGAUCUCUGGAGACUCUGAGCUCGCGACGCUGUCUGGUAACGUGUCAUUCGCCUAUGCCGACGGUGGCACAUCGUCGUACGAACUCCGCUCCCUCGGCUGGUUCAGCUUCCUGACUGUAAACCGCGGGGAGCUGAUGUUCCCGAGUCGCUUUACCGCCACCGGCGUCAACCGCAACACGAGUCACAUCUUUGAGCGCACCGCACCCCUGAGCCCCGGCAAGGAGCUGCGGGCCAUCACGCUACCGGAGUUAUCGAGCCCCGAAGGCGGCAGGUUACAUGUGUUCGCCAUCUCCUUGUGGGCUGGCGCGGCAGUAAGCGUACAGUCGAUCCGCCCGACGCAGAAGUGGCUUGACGGCGGCGCACAGGCCGUCGAGAUCACGGUCAACAACGCGGGAUCAGAAUGCGUAGCGGGGGACGGCCUAGUUCUGUCCAUCUUAGGACUAGGGCUUCAGACAGCCAACAAAGGACAUCUGAAGCGUCUGUGUCCAGGCGACCAGAAGAUCGUGACCGUCGGGGUCGAGGUGUCCCACAACCAUCUAGUCAACGCUUCGGUGGUAUUCGACGACGGUGUCGACCAGCAGUCGGUCAGCUUUGAGAAUACGCAGUUUGGGCUAAUAGAUUGGACGGAAGAUCUCGAUAGCCUAGCGCGGCACGAGAGCCCGGAGUGGUUCAACGGUGCCAAGUUCGGGAUAUUCAUCCACUGGGGACCCUACUCAGUCACGGGCUGGGGGAACUCGUCACCACACGAAAGUUAUGCCGAAUGGUUCUGGUGGUACUCGACGCAUCACCCACAAGCGGACCGAUCAGGCUUCUUCGACUACCGGCUGCGCACGUACGGGCCGGACUGGGCGUACGACGACACCUUUGUAGACUUCACAGCCUCGGCCUUCGACGCGCGGGCCUGGGUCGACCUGAUUGCGGACGCGGGAGCGACGUACUUCGUGCUGACGGCGAAGCACCACGACGGCUUCGCGCUGUUUGACGCGGGCGCGAGCAGCAAUCGCACGGCGCUGCUCCACGGCCCGCGGCGCGACCUCCUCGGCGAGCUCUUCGCCGCCUCCGCGGCACACCAACCCGCCCUCCGCCGCGGUACCUACUUCUCGCUGCCCGAGUGGUUCAACCCGGACUUCGGGCCGUAUGGCUUCGACCAGUUCGACGCGGCCGCCGUGCCGGGAACGGUCAGCUGGCCGGGCGUGCCGGCGCGGAACCCGUACACAGGUGCCGAGGAGCCGUACGUCGGCCACGUGCCGGCCGCCUCGGGGGACUUCCUCGCCGACGUGAUGCAGCCGCAGAUGGAGACCCUUGCCUAUGCGUACGGCACCGACAUCAUGUGGUGCGACUGUGGCGCGGCGAACGUCACAGCGCGGUUUGCCGCCGCAUGGUGGAACGCGACGCGCGCCCAGCGCCGACAGGUCGCCCUCAACUCGCGAUGCGGGCUCGCGGCGGCGGCAGACUUCGACACCCCCGAGUAUGCAGCGGCGCCCGCGUCGGCGGCCCAACGCCGCAAAUGGGAAGCGAACCGCGGUAUGGACCCCUACAGCUACGGGUACAACCGCGCGACGCCCGACGAGGCCUACAUGAGCGCGCGCGAGGUCAUCCACACGCUCGUCGACGUCGUCGCCAAGAACGGCAAUCUCCUACUAGACAUCGGGCCACGCGCCGACGGCUCCAUCGUCGAGGCGGAAGCUAAUAACCUGCGCGAGGCCGGCCGCUGGAUCCGCGCCCACGGUGAGGCUAUCUACAACACAACCUACUGGUUCGUUCAGAGUCAGACGGCCGGGGUUGAGGAGCCGAAUGUGCGGUUUACGCAGACGGACGGGGCGUUUUAUGUCCUUUUUCUAGACCGGCCGGUGGUGCGAGACGGGGCAGUCGAUAUCGCAGCGCCAGUUCCAGCGUUAGAUGGCGACCUCGUGAGCCUUCUUACUGUCGAAGGCGGCCAGGACUUGGGGUGGAGGGUCACCGGUCAAGGCGCCCAGGCAGUACUGAGAAUCGGGGUCUCGGACGCACUGCUGGAUAAGGAUGAAUUCUGUUGGGUCUUUAAGAUCAAGUAUGCGUGAUAGUGGUCUGGGAUAGCACGUGGAAACCCACGGUCUCCUGCCCCCAGCCUCUUUUGAUUCUAACUAGGUAAAAGUCGCUUUUUGGUAUUGAGAAGGUCC